AACGAUAACAAGGCCAGUUUGAGGCACGGUGCUGACUGAGAGUAGGACAUGGUUUCACUUUAACCAAUAAUCUGGUCUCAGUUUUAAGGAGGUUUUUAAACUACACAAGCUACUUUCUGUUGUGAAGGAAGCCCUCUAAAAGUAUAUUUACAAACCAGAUUGAACGUUUCUACGACAGUGUUAAUGGAGAAAGCCGCUAGAUCUGAGCCAUCGCGAAGACGAGGCUGAACGAUCGGAGAACAAAAUGGAGGACUUCCCUAGCCGUGACGAGCCAAUCUGUCAGAUCGAGAACUGUAACUGUCCUCUUAAACAUAUUAUACAACUUGACAGCCAGAAACGUUCCUCUCCAAAAAUCGGCACGGAGAGUGAACGGCCACAACAUCAUCAACAGAUGGACAACGUUCAGUUCCCUUUCUACAAUCACUUCAUCACAUCAAGUCAGUACAACCAGCAAUCCAGCACCUCAUCCGAAUUCUUUAAUCCGAAGCGCCGCCGUGUAAACAUGUAUAACGAAGAAACUGGACAAUGCUCCAUUGGUAAUAGUUCCACAACUGCCAAUGUACCGGAUACUAGCGCAAAUUUCUGUAGCGGAAGUAGAUACGACCAAUCAUCUAAUCCGUUUUACCGUACAUAUACUCAACAGGUUGCGGAUUGUGAACGUCAAACUAACACAGACAACAGUAAAACUGAUUAUCACGUUAACAAACCUGUACUAGAUACACGAGUGCCCUCUAUAGAUUGCGUUAAUAGUGGACCAAACGGCGCGCAACACUUGGACGUUGGGCCAUAUCAGCGAGAGCGGAGCAAAAGUGCCACUCUGCUACCGAUGUUGCCAAAGAAGAGAGGUAUAAAACGAUACUCCCCGGACCCAAAACGGGAACAGGACACCUCGUCACGACAGUCUUAUGAAACUACUCGAAAAUUAUCGCGGCAGGCGUCUUCGACAAUGAAGCCAAAGACGGACUCUCUUCUACUUCCGGCAGCGAGGUCGUCGCCCUCUCCCACCUCCACGAUCUCAUGUCCUCCAGCUGUACCCGCCAAGCCUCCGAAAUACGACGCGAAGUCAAUAAAGGCCGAUAUGAUUCGUGAGAUAGACAGUCAAAAAGACGACGAUGAAGAUGUGCAGACAUUCAGAAAGAAGCUCUUCGACUCCUUCAUGAAAACGAAAGAACCAAUAAAAGCGGAAGACGAAAACAAGGCGCCACCUGCCGAGGAAAAACAGAAAGAGGAAGUAACUCAUACCAAUCCAAUGACUUCAUUGGACUAUUUGAUAUCGAAAACUUUGAUGGAGAGUGAGGAUAAACCGUUCAAGGCGCGGAAUAAUCACAUACACGAGAUCAUUCGCGGCGAGAAGAGAGGUCGGCUAUGUCUGAUGGAUCUAGUAGAGCUACAGGUCGAGAUGGGACUAGCAUAAUAUCAUAUCAUAGGUCUUGUAUGUCUACAGCGUGAAAGUGGUCUGCUGUUAUAUGGUUAUUUAUUGUAGAAAUGUGUAUUAGAUGGUGAUUGUGUUUGUAUAAAUGACAGUCAUUUCUUGUGAUCAGAUCACGUCCAUUAUAUAAUCAUCAGGUUGUCAGAGUGACAAGCUAGCACUAGAAAUCAGGCAUCAACCUCACAAAUUAGCGAGGAAUUAAGUUUGUCUUAAAAGUGUAUGUUUAUGAUUGAAUUGAAAGAUAGUUUAUAUUUGGAUAAACAUGUUUAUUAUAUACUUACUGUUAUUGAAAUUUUCGUUUAUUGUAAGUUACAUGUAUUUAAGAAAUCGUGCAAAUAUCGUUGGCUACAAAUUAUUUUAUUUUACAUGUUCCGUUGAUUCGUAAUGAAAUAAAUAUAUGUCACAGAUGUGGUACAUUUUCGGUGAUCAAGUUAAAUAUGGUUGUACGGCUUGAAAUAUCAAAUAUCUGUACAUUAUAUCCUGAAUGUUAGGGCCAAAGUUAAGAUUUUUGACAUCUGUACAUUUAAAUAUUGGUAUCAAACAAGUUUAGAAUCAAAAAUAAUUAUGUGAACCUUGAAGAUUAUUAAAUGACGUUGGUUCCUCAUGGUACGUGAUUGAAUAUCGAAUUGUAGAAAACGGUUGUUACCGUAUUUACGAGCGGGGACAGGCUAAACCCAAUUCGCCAUUACAAAUAGUAAGUUAAUGUAACGUCAAUAUAUUCGAUUAUCGACAAUGAACCCACACGUGGUACAUAUUGAUAUCGGCAAGUGAGUCUCAACUACAUAAGGCAGGGGUUAGUAUCUUUCAAGUUGUCUUUAUACCCCGUGAUGGUGAUAUGCAUAUGUUCUCAACCUGAGGCAUUAUUGAAUCGUAAAUGUUUUUUUCCUCUUUUUUUUUUUUUGCUGAGUAUCUAGAGGACCGCGGGGGAGUUUGAACCAAGUCUGUAGGCUGUCGUCUACGCAAUAUAAUACCAAGUGUUGUUUUUCCUCUCUAUUUCAUGGCGUUUCUUUAUCAAGAAUCUUAAUCCAGAGUCAACGUCAUUUCUUGUGGUUGUUCAAAAUAUUUCUCCAUCAUAGUUCAAGCGAAAACUAAAACUUUCAUUGAAUACUGUAUUUAUUUAUAUAUUUUGAUUUCCUUUCUUACAUAAUUUAUUCCUGGAAUUCACAUAAGGGAGUCAUUUAAGCAUUGAACGGCUUUCAGUAGCGCGCUUCAUGUUGAAUUUGCCUCUGUCCAGUUGGCACUCAUAUUGACUAUGAAUGCCAACUGAAAGCCGUUCAAUGCUUGUAUUUACCAUCUGCGAUUUUUUAUUUGUCUUGCGAUUUUUUUUUGAAAUUUUCAAAUUCAAAUUUCAGUUGGCAGUUCAUAAGCCGGUGAACUCGCAACUGAAUUGGUAGGGUUAUAUAGUGGCAGUGCCAUACAAUGGUAAAUAUUAAGGUUAUGAACAAGCGUUUUUGGGUUCGAAGUGUCAUUUGGUUAAAACAUACUACUACCACAAAGGGAGGUAACUCUGAUAGACGAGAAACUUGAGAAGAGACGGCAUUAUAUUUGUGUGUGAUUGAUUUGUAAAGUGGAUAUUUAAUAGCUAAAAUAGAGAAAUAUUCCUCGUGAUCAGGAGGGUACGAAUUAUGACACAAUUGAACUAGUUAUAUAUUUUUUAGCCGAAUGUUUAUUCGUUUAUAUAGUUUAAGAUAAACACAUUAAAAACAAGUCUGAUUAUUUUUUAUUCACUCAAUCAUACCUCGGAGGAGUUUUGGUUAUUAAUGUUGAUAUUUUAUGGCGGUUAGUUGGUCUUGCAAUUGUAGAUAAAUUGAAACUAUACAUGUGUGGUACUGUUCGUGAUUGGAGAUCUGACCGACAAACCGGAAGUGAUUUCGCGAUGAAGUCCUAUAUAAAUGAUUCUCCCCCUAGUCAAGGCCCUUUUGCUACUGUUCUAAAAUCUGUGGACGAGGUUAGCGUCUGUGAUAACUGAAAUGUCCUGUCGGGUUGAUGGACACCAAACCGGUGACAGAAAGCGCUUUAUCAUAGUAGCGGUCAUAUGGCUUCCAGACAUUGUGAUGUAAUAUAUGAGAGAGCCUUAUUCGCUUUUACCAAAGUUAUUAUGGGAUGUUUGAACUAGACCAAGGCCCGUUUGGUACCAGAACGAUAUAUUGAGACAUGCAGGCAUGCCCGAAUCAUAUCAUAUAUAUAUAAACAUAGAGGCCGGCUCCUCUUUACGAGCACAUUACUGAACUGUUAAAUGUCUUUACAGUGAUAAUAAGGACACAUGUUGUUUGAAUGGAAGAUAAUAUUGGUUUUUUUUAGCAUUUUUGGGUAAGAUUUAUAUGUGGUCCCGAUAAGAGAAAAAAAACUAAAAUCGGAGGUGCCCGGGAAAGAUCACACAAUAUAACGUAACAGAGAGAAGACAGGAUAAACGCCCAGCGUGAUUCAUGACUAUUGUUUUCAAUGUUUUGUUUCAUCGGACAAUAAAUUUAUUACAAUUAAGUUAAGAUUGUUAGAUUGUUCAAAAUAUGAUAUGCACAGGUCGGUGUAUUUUAUUAUAAUGUUGAUUAUGGGUUUACGACCACCGGCAUCAUUCACAUUUAAUCAAAUGUUGUUAUUGCUACUAUAUAUGUAGAUGUACAUUACGAUGUACAAAUAUCACGUGCUAUAACACGUGGUUUGUAACAUGCGUGAUAUGUAUAUAGUUUAGUAUCAGAUGUACAUGUACCCCAUAUUGAUAUUGUAUGCAGAUUUCUCACUUGUAGCUACUUGUGUGUAGAGAUAUCACUUUUCCGACAAAAUCUACAUUUUACAUAAUCAUUGAGGAAAUCAGAUAAACUGAUGUGAAUAGAGCGAUAGUGACGCAAUAGAUCCCAGGGUUCCCUGCGCGAAGAGAAGCACUCGGAACUCCUCGAACGUAGAUAACAGGAUACUAACAUUCGGAAUACCUCGCGCGAUUACUGUACGUUUCAUCAAGGUGACCGCAGUGAUCGGCCGAUGUCUUCCGAAUGGGAUAUUGUUUAACACACCCGAGGAGGUUCGAAUGCUGAGAGGACACACAAGGGAUUUCUGGAGUGCAUGGUAAAUGGUAUUCGUUGGAUGUUAGUGUGUAUUGGGUUGAUAUCCUCACUGUGACGAGGAUUCUCUUUAUCGUUAACAUUUGAAAUAUAUAAUUCUACAUCUUAACAAAUUGAAUAAAACUUAAAAGUGAA